CUUCUAUUGAUGCACAGCGCUCAAUCUGUACUACGAUUUUUGAUUCCCACAAAUUUAACACAAACGCUGUCGAGAAUUAUAUUUUAUUAAGUGAAACAAACGAUAGAAUUUAAGUAAUCUGAGUCAUCAACGAAUAUGGAGCUGCAUGUCUGCACACCUCUGAGUAUGAUGCAGGCAGGAGUCUGAGAAAGGACACUGAGACAACACUACCAGAGCUCACUGAGCAGCACAGGAUCAGACAGAAAGAAGAGGAACUCAGUGGACUGGAGUCUGUACACAUGGCAGAGUCAGAGACAGAGUAUGCUGCACCAGGACUCAACACACUGGAGCCAGAGUGUGUUACAGCACACAGUGGGGUCAGUGAUGUACACCACACACACACUUUACUGAUAAAAACAGAAACUGAUCUGGGCUCCACCCACACUGGAGAGCUUAAGACAGAGAGCCUCGACUAUACAGAGCUGGGAUAUCUAGCCCAUCUGCAUUAUGACCAAAUCAAAGCAGAGGCUGAAGACGGAGGAUACCUUAAACCUAACAAUUUCAGUGACUUGCAGGAUAUUAAAUGUGUUCUUAUUAAAUCUAAUCAAGUGAAGUGUGAAUCCAGUGAACGUUCAGUGAGUGAUCUCAUGAACACUGUGAUGAGUGGAGUUGGUGUUGAUCGUAAAGACAUGACUGAAUCAUGGCAAUGUGCUUGGGAACCAAGCCCAAAGUGUAAAAAAGAAGCGAUUCAUGAUCUGUUGACCCAAUGUGAAGACUUAAAUCAUCACUUUGACAGAAAUAAUGACAAUGCUGAACCGAAAAUUGUCAGGAAAAGUAGAAAGGGUAAUUUGAAUUUCUUUCAAAACGAGACAAUUCCCAGAAAUAGAGGUAAAAUUAAAACUGGUGAAAAGCCGUACAAGUGUACACAUUGUGGGAAGUGCUUUCACCAAAUGUGUUUUUUAAUUAGGCAUCAGAGAAUUCAUACGGGUGAAAAGCCUUUCAAAUGUACUCAGUGUGGAAAGUGCUUUUCCCAGAAAAGUACUUUAAAUUGCCACAAUAAGAUUCAUACAGGAGACAAGCCUCACAAGUGUGCACAUUGUAAUAAGUGUUAUAGAUCCAAGUCUUGUUUAAAGAAACACCUAAGAAUUCAUACAGAUAAAAAGCCAUACAGGUGUGCACAGUGUGGUAAGUGUUUUCCUACAAAAACUCAAUUGAAAAUACACCAUAGAAAUCAUACAGGUGAAAAGCUCUACAAGUGUACUCAUUGUGAGAAGAGUUUCACCCGAAGAUAUGAUUUAAAUCGUCAUCUGAGAAUUCAUACAGCUGAAUAUCCCUACAACUGUGGACUGUGUGGGAAGUAUUUUUCCCAACUAAAUGAUUUAAGUAUCCAUUGCAAAAUCCAUGCAAGUGAAAAGCCUUACAAAUGUAUUCAGUGUGAGAAAAGUUUUUCCCAAUCAUCUCAUUUACGUAGCCACCAGAGGAUUCAUUCAGGUGAAAAGCCCUACAUAUGUACACAGUGUGGGAGGUGUUUUUCUCAAUCAUCUCAUUUAAAUAGGCACAAUAAAAUUCACACAGGUGAAAAGUCCUAUAAAUGUACUCAUUGUGAGAAGAGUUUCUCCCGAAAAUAUGAUUUAAAUCGUCAUCUGAGAAUUCAUACAGUUGAAUACCCCUACAACUGUGAACUGUGUGGGAAGUAUUUUGAUACAAUGUCUUAUUUAGAUAUACACCUGAGAAUGCAUACAGGUGAAAAGCCCUACAAAUGUAUUCAGUGUGGAAAGUGUUUUACCCAAUCAUCUAAUUUACGUAGCCACCAGAGGAUUCAUUCAAGUGAAAAGCCCUACAUAUGUGCACAGUGUGGGAAGGGUUUUCAUGCAAAGUCUUAUUUAGAUAUACACCUGAGAAUUCAUACAGGUGAAAAACCCCACAAAUGUAUUCAGUGUGGAAAGUGUUUUUCCCAGUCAUGUCAUUUACGUAGCCACCAGAGGAUUCAUUCAGGUCAAAAGCCCUACAUGUGUACACAGUGUGGGAAGCAUUUUGAUACAAAGUCUUAUUUAGAUAUACACCUGAGAAUUCAUACAGGUGAAAAGCCCCACAAAUGUAUUCAGUGUGGAAAGUGUUUUUCCCAAUCAUCUCAUUUAUAUAGCCACCAGAGGAUUCAUACAGGUGAAAAGCCCUACAAUUGUACACAGUGUGGGAAGUGUUUUUCCCAAUCAUCUCAUUUAAGUAGGCAUCUGAGAAUUCAUAAAGUUGAAUAGUCUUUUGCGUAUACCUAGUUGACCCCCAGAAAGUUGAAAAGUAAAACUCCUUUCUUAAUGUGGGAAGUAUUUUAUGAAAGCAUACUUUGCAAAAGAUUUUGUGUAAUAAGUGUUUCCAAUGUGUUUUUUUUUUGCUUUUUUUUAUUUUUUUAAAGCUGGUAUUUCUACCAAAAUCUCUUCAUGUUGUUUUAGAAAGGAAUUAUUUGAAAUGAUAAGCAUUAUAUGUACUCUGUGGAAGGUUUGUCACUCUUGCAUCAUUUAAAUCUUGACCAAAAACACUUUCAGAUAUUUUCAGGAAGGAUGUGCAAGUUUUUUAAUUGUAGAAAUGUGAGAAAUAGUGAGCACAGUGGUUUGAUAAGUUUCAUUUCAUAUGUUCAUUUCAUAAAAUUUAGAGACCGACAUUUGAAAACAAUGUAUGGGGCAAACUGGGGUCCGAUUGUCCUUCAGUUCCAAGUGCUUGUGACCAUUUUAUUCUUUAGAAAUUAUUUUGUUUGUAGUCCAACAGGUGAUACAUUCUGAUGAUGAAACUGACACUAGUGUAAUUUGUUUGAAAGAAGCUAUUUGAAAACUUGUUGGAUGUAAUGAAGAAACGGGGUAAUGAAUAGCUCAGGGCGACAGUUCAGGAGGUAAGACUGAUUGUUUGGCAGUCGGAGGGUUGCCGGUUCAAACCCCGCCCUGGGUGUGUCGAAGUGUCCUUGAGCAAGACACCUAACCCCUAACUGCUCUGGUGAAUGAGAGGCAUCAAUUGUAAAGCGCUAUAUAAAUGCAGUCCAUUUACCAUAUUGGAUACUUGUAUUCUGAAAAUGAUCUUGACUGUACUGGCCUUUCAGUUCUGUUUCUGUUGAUGUAGAACCUGCUUGUUGCAUAUGAAUUGUUUACAAAAUAAUUUUACAUUGUGAAUAUGCACAUAGCAAGGCCUGUAUGCUUUAUAAAUGUCUGGAUGAACUCUUUCACUGUUCAAUGUCCUUCACUGUGUCAUUGUUUUCCCCUUUACUACCCAGUUUGUAAAUGUAGUUACCUGUUGCACAUUAACACUAAUUGUGCAAGAAAUAAAUUUUACUCAUGGGGUGUGGAUUGCCCUAAUCAUUUGAAAUAAUUUCAGUUUGUCUGAACAUGUGAACUUAGGGGGAAAAAAGUUCACUUAUCCAAAAAUAAAUAACUAACUAAUGUGAAAAGCAUGGUGCAACCUGUGGUUUUUAAACUGAAUCAGAUAACCAUUUUGUAAAACUCAUCUCAUUCAAUUACAAGACAUUCUGAAUAAUCCAUUUUAUGAUUCUGUUAUUAAGUUAGAAUUUCGUCUUGGAAUAUUUUUCAAGAGCAGAUUUUUAGUCCCUGAUAGGCAAAUCUGGGCAGAUACUGGGCUAGUAUUUCAAGCAAAUGUAAAGGCAAAAGGUGAUCUGAAGUGAUACAAUCCAAAUUACCGUAUUCCUAGGGGAUAUGUUCUACGGAUGUAACAUUGUAAUGUAAUGUAGGCCUAAUGAUCCAAUAAAAUUACAUUGUAAUGUAAUUAUAGCUAACUUUAUUUAGCGACAUCACUUAAUGUUAACACAUUGAUCAUCUCAUAGAGAAUCAAUGUUGAACCAGUACAAAGUUUUAUGAAUGAAUUCUACAAUCAAGUGCGUUUAGCAGCUGAUAUCAUAGGCUACUAACAAAGGAAUGUGGAAGUAUACUCUCAUGAGCAAACAUUAGUGAAUGGUAAAACUGUUAAAGUUUUAAUAUAUCGGGGGAAAAAACGUAUCCAACUUCCUUUAUCUCAAUUACUUCAACUGAGUGGUUUAACUUGAUGUAGCUAAAAGUAAUUCUCGAUGGGGCGACAUAGCUCAGGAGGUAAGACCGAUUGUCUGGCAGUCGGAGGGUUGCCGGUUCAAACCCCACCCUGGGCGUGUCGAAGUGUCCUUGAGCAAGACACCUAACCCCUAACUGCUCUGGCGAAUGAGAGGCAUCAAUUGUAAAGCGCUUUGGAUAAAAGCGCUAUAUAAAUGCAGUCCAUUUACCAUUUACCAACUAGCAGUGGCGUAGGUUUCGUUUGAACAUUGGGGGGGACCCAAGCGGCCAAAACCAGACUUCGUUUUUGAAGCUCAUUUCCUGGUCUUCUUGUUCCUGGUUUCUCACUAGCGCCACUGCGGUUGGCUCCAGUAUAGGUGUUUUCAUAUCCAUUUCCAUGCAAGUCUACGGUAUGCGGUCAAAUUACAAAAUCAAUCAUUUUUUCUCACAAGAACAAACAGUCACAAUAUGUGUAUUUUAUUCGUCUUAUGACUGUCUAUGGGUCGAUUUCAUGAUUUAUUGUGUCAUUUGGGCACUUAUAAUAUUUGUUGUGGACCAAUGACGUUUGCGUCACUUCCUGAUCACUGCGUAGGACUAAGCUACAGUAGGGGCUACAGUGUAUGGUCACUGGGGUGGGAGGUGGCGCCUCUUGGCCUUGACAUUGCAGCACCGACUCAUCUACCUGUGCGAAGUCAGAAAAUGCAGGCAUCUCAUUUCGUAGUGAUUUCAUUAUGGCGUGUGCUAUUUACAGCUGCACUAGACGACCAUAAAAUAAUCCUCCUCUUAAGUUUUCAGUAGCCAAGUCAUAUUUACUAUUUCCUUUCGCCUAUUUAACCAAAUAAUUAGUUGGCACAAAGCGUAAUCAGCUAACGCGUAUUUGCUAUAUUUGGUAGUCCUGUAGCCUAGGCUAAAACAGUUCGCAACUUCGGCUACCAAGCAAUUUGACUAGCUAACCCUAACCGGCAAAUAUUCAAUCUGUCAAACGUGUUUGACGGCUUGUCGGUCGUGUACAUUACCUAAAUGUCUAUGGGCCAUGCUUCACGGAUGUGACAAAGCUACUAUAAGCCCGAUUUUGGGAUAAACACUGCAAACUUUCAUGUUUCACGAAGCGAAUUACGAGGCUUAAGGUUUAUUUGCUGGAUAACAUACAACACACGAUGAAAUCACACAGAAUUUAACAAACAAAAAAAAAACAUUAAGACUGGCAUUUAGAAAGGAACGUGUUUUAGCAUUUAAGAGACUGACAAGAGCAUUUAAGCCAAUGGUUCUCAGAAUCGGCCCUGGGGGCUCCUUGCGUAUAUUGGCUUUUCUCCAUUGGUUUUGAUGAUCUAUAAGAACAAA